CCCGCCCACAACAAAAACACUCACACCGUCUCCAGACGUCAUUGAACUCAACUCACGAAGUUAGGAGCGCUGCUGGCGGGCUGCGGGUUUGUAAAGGAUGAAGACACAAGCUAAAAGGAUCUUUGAGUAAAAGAAAACUCCAGUUUGCUCAACUUGAGCAAUUCCAACCUGCCAGCGUAAUGUUUCAGAAGAUAAGUACAAAUGAAAGCUCUGUGUUAGUUAUCGUCCGCAGUCUCCUCUUUUGCACUUUGGUUGUCAAACCCUUUAUUUGCCACUCUGACUUUUCUUAGUUGAAUGAAAGGGGCAGAUACACAAUGUACCAAGUAGUACCCGGAGGAGCAGGGGGCACUAUUACAGACGGAGUGCCUAUUAAGAAAAUAAACAAGGAAAGUCGUCCACUAGUGGGCGCUGGAGUGCUGGGCCUGGUGCUGGUUAUAGCUGCUGUGACGGCGUGGUGUUAUUACAUUGCCUCUCUUCGCAAAGCUGAUCUGUUGAAGACAGAGUUAUUGGAUCUGAAUAAGGAUGGCUUCCUUAUCCGCAACCAGGCUGGAGGAAUCGUGUUCAAGAUGGCCUUCAGAUCUGGAACACUCGAUUUGGAUUCGUGCUCCAAGGAGGGUGUGAUUCUGCGAUGUUCGCGCUCAAACGCCGGGCGAGUCAACUUCUUCAUCAUGACCGUCAAACCCAAAGAAACUGUGAUGUGCUACCGUGUGCGCUGGGAGGAGCUGGAGUCGGACCGGCCGGUGGAACACGCCAUGGCCUACAACGAGUCCCACUGGUACGGAGGUGCUGAAACUGCUGUGCAGAACUGGCCCGUUGCCAUCUCAGGCCAGCAGGCCCCCAAGCCCUUUGUCACCAGUGAUAUUUAUUCCAAUCGCCACGACUUUGGAGGCAUCCUAGAGCGCUACUGGCUCUCGUCCAACGCGACUGCCAUCAAGAUCAAUGACUCUGUGCCCUUCCAUCUGGGCUGGAACGACACAGAGAAGACUAUGUACUUCCAGGCGCGAUAUCAGGACAGCCCUUACAAGCCCCUGCCGGGGAUGCCACCUUACGCUGAACUUAGCUACCGCGUCUGCGUGGGGCCAGAUGUCACCUCCAUACACAAGGUCAUGGUUCGCAGGUACUUUCCUAAGCCCAACAAGGUUCCCUUAGAAGCCAUGUUCCGCUAUCCCAUCUGGUCCACCUGGGCACUACAUAAAAAAGACAUAAAUGAGGAGAAGCUCUUGAGUUAUGCGGGAAAUAUCCGCAAACAUGGUUUUAACUGUAGUCACAUAGAGUUGGAUGACCGAUAUACCAGCGGUUAUGGGGAGUUUGAGUUUGACCCGGUCAAGUUUCCCAACGCCUCCGGCAUGUUCCACAAGCUGAAGGCAGAUGGCUUUCUCGUGUCUUUAUGGACGCACCCUUUUGUGAACUAUGACUCUGCCAACUUUGGGCUGUGCUUAGAGAAAGAUCUUUUCGUGAUGGAGCCCACCGGUCAGCUUCCCGCUCUGGUGCGCUGGUGGAACGGCAUUGGCGGCAUCCUAGACUUUACCAACCCAGAGGCAAGGAACUGGUUUACCUCACAUCUCAGAGCCCUUCGCUCUAAAUAUGGCAUAUCCUCCUUCAAGCUGGAUGCUGGGGAGACCAACUACCUCCCCUGGCAGUUCCGAACCAAAGCUCAUCUUCCAGACCCCAGCACCUUUACCCGUCGCUACACAGAAAUGGCCAUUCCCUUCAACGAACGCGCAGAGCUCCGUUCAGGCUACGGAUCUCAGAACAUCUCCUGCUUCUUCCGUCUCAUUGACCGUGAUUCGGUUUGGGGCUAUGAGCUCGGCCUCAAGUCCAUCAUCCCUACUGUUCUUACCAUCAGCAUCCUGGGGUACCAGUUUAUCUUACCAGAUAUGAUCGGGGGCAAUGCGUAUCCCAACCGUACAUAUGGGAACGGCAAGCUUCCGGACCGUGAGCUUUACAUCCGCUGGCUGGAGCUGUCCGCUUUCAUGCCGUCCAUGCAGUUCUCCAUUCCGCCAUGGGAAUAUGACGCCGAGGUGGUGUCCAUAGCCCAGCGCUUCACCGCUCUCCACGAGACCCUGGUUGCCCCCAGAGUUUUGGAGCUUGCAGGAGAGGUGUUGAAUACAGGUGACCCUAUCAUCCGUCCUUUAUGGUGGAUAGCCACUGGCGAUGAGACAGCCUAUAGAGUGGACUCACAGUUCCUAAUAGGAGAUGACCUGAUGGUGGCGCCAGUGCUGGAACCCGGCAAGCAGGAGCGGGAUAUCUACCUGCCAGCAGGUCACUGGAGGAGCUAUAAGGGAGAGCGCUAUGAAAAUAAGGAGCCUAUGCAUCUCACUGAUUAUCCUGUGGAUCUUGAUGAGAUUGCGUAUUUUCUUUGGAUCCAGUGAAAUUGUUUAUUCCUGUUUUCCUGUUUUUUUUGUGUUGUGUUUGUUUUUUUUUUCUUCAGGGAGAAAGCAUUAUGUGUAUUAUGUGUAAAUGUGUAAACCUUGUAUCUAUAAGCUCCAAACUGGCAAAUUUACGGGAAAACAAAAAUUAUUACCUACAGAGGAAGUCAAAGUAAAAAAAAAAAAAAAGAUUCCCAUUCAUUUGGAGCAUUUCUAUUGGUCCAUUUAUCACAACUGCCUUGAUUAUGUCAAAAAGUAACAAAUGGCUCACAAGGUUUUUUAUGACAACAGCAAUAUUUUUUUUUUAAUAUGUGUUGGUUUUCAGCUAAGAACAUAUUAAUGCUAAAUGAAUGUAUUUUUUUGUGUUAUUUGCCUUAUUUGUCUAAACUUAUGGCAGUUUAAUGUGCAGAAAACUCAUGUGCAUACCUAACCAUGUGCCUUACAUUUCUGAAUGUACAUACCAGAUGCCAUAUUUGUGAGCUUCCGACUAAAACCGAGGCGCUAGCUGAGACGCACAUUGCAGGAUAAACUUUGGCUGCACUAUUAUCCACUAUUGUUAAGAUAAUAUCAUUUUGGGAAAUAAGUAUUUAUUGUUAUAUUAAAUGUAAGUCAUAACAUUGUCAGAUUAUAUGCUGUGUAAUGAAACAGUGUGGCAUCGCUACAGAUUUUAGAUUUUAGUAGCAGUUUAAGUGUUGCAAUUGCUUUCUGUGCAAAGUCACAAGCAUGUGGAGAAUAAGCUAAUUAAUGCAUUACUGUAUUACCGUUAAUGCAUUACUGUAUUACCAUACUGUAUAUGGUUAAAUCUUAAUAUAGAAGCUGCACAGAUACUCAGAUAUGCAUGUCUAAAGGGCUCUGUUAGUUUAAUAAACAGUUAUGAUAGUUAGUGGCACACUACGUACCUCGGCUUUUUAAAAAAGGGACAAAAAUGUGUUUUUGCAAUAGACCGUUGAAGUUGGGUAAUCAUUUUGUAAUCUUGUUAUGCUAAUAUUUGGCACUGUAGAUCUUGUGUACAUUUUCUCCUGAACAUCACUGGAUCUUUUGAACUACCAGGUAGUUCAAGAGUCCGUAUAUUGGCUGACCUUGUUCUUACACUAUAUUGCCAAAUUAUUUACCCACCCAUUCAAAUCAUUGAACUCCAAUUGGUUCCAAUCACUUCUAUGGUUCCAAGUACUGCUUCUGCAAACAUUAGUAAAAUAAUGGGUCUCUCUCAGGAGCUCAGUGAACUUCAGCAUGGUACUGUGAUAGGAUGCAGCACCUGUGCAACAAAUCCAGUCGUGGAAUUUCACUACUCGCUACUAAAUAAUCCACAACCAACUGUCAGUGAUAUUAUAAAACAGUGGGAGUGCCACUGGGAACAACAGCAGCACGCUCUGUCAGUGUAAAAUAAAUAACUUUCUGCAGAAUCCAUCACUACACACCUCCAAAGGUGUUCAUGAGGUCUUCAAAUCAGUUUAAGAACAGUAGAGCGUAGAGAGCAGAUACUUUUGGCAAUAAAGUUUAAAUGGACAUUAAAUUUGACAUUUUGGGAGAGAAAUAAUUGGGAAAUGACUAAUCGUGCUUUGUUGGUUUGUCUGCUGGGAUAUUAAAAUGUUCAGUGUUCAAUAAAUAUUUUUCAAUUGUA